AUGGAUGGGCCCAGCUGGCUGGGCGCUGCGCUCUUCCUUGGGGUGCAGCUCCGAGCUCUGUGGCCAGCAGCAGCCAUGGAAAUCCACACUGCCAAGGAGGUCUACGCUGUGAAUGGCACCAACCAGAGGCUGAAGUGCACCUUUUCCAGCAGCAGCCCCAUCAGCCCAGACCUGUCUGUCACCUGGAACUUUCAGCCUGAGGACCUGAGCUCUCAUGAGCCAGUGUUUUAUUACCUGAAGGAGCCCUACGAGCUGCCCGCUGGGCGGUUUAAAGACCGAGUCACCUGGGAUGGGAAUAUAGAGAGAAAUGAUGCUUCCAUCAAGAUCUGGAACUUGCAGCCCACUGACAAUGGGACCUUCACCUGCCAGGUGAUGAACCGACCAGAUUUCUACGGCGCAGUGGGUGAAGUGCGGCUCCGAGUCGUGCAGAAAGUGCACUUCUCAGAAAUCCACUUCCUGGCAGUGGCCAUUGGGUCUGCUUCUGUCCUGAUGAUCAUCGUGGUGACAGUGGUGAUCCUGUGCCGGCAGCGCCGCAAGAGAGCGCAGGAGAAGGGGAUGGAGGAGUCAGACACGGAGCUAAAAGAAAAGGAGAAUCUGCAAAAGGUAGAAGAGGAGGAAGCCAGUCCAUUAGAAGACUAG